ACCUUUGAAAAAAAAAGUUUGAAUUUAGAAAUUUAGAAUUCAGUUAAAAUUUAGAUUCACAGUGUCAAAAUGUGCUUCGGUGUACCUGACGUUUUAUUGUCAGUUGUGAUGCAUUAUGCUGUGUUUAUGGCUUUUAAUUCAGAUAGUUUGAGCAUUGAGAUUUCUUCUCAAAAUACAGGAGAAUGACGGAAACUCAGGAUGAGUUAAAAAACAUCCAGCCAAAACCUGGCCUGCAGAUCUGGACCAUCAGUAAAAUGAAAAUGGUCCCUGUCCCGGAGCAAGCAUAUGGAAAUUUUUUUGAAGGUGACUGCUACAUUAUUCUUAAUGUGAGGAACAGCACCACACAAUCCGCUGACAUCCACUACUGGAUAGGCAACACGUCCUCUCAGGACGAGCAGGGAGCGGCAGCCAUCUAUGUGACCCAGCUGGAUAAGUGUCUCGGUGGCAGUCCAGUUCAAUACCGGGAGGUCCAGGGAUGUGAAUCAGUCAAAUUCAAAAGCUAUUUCAAGAAUGGCCUCAUAUAUAAAAAAGGAGGUGUGGGAUCAGGAUUCACACAUGUGGAGACCAAUGUGUAUAACAUUCAGCGCCUGCUUCACGUCAAAGGAACCAAACAUGUGACUGCAAAAGAGGUGGAGGUUUCCUGGAGCAGUUUUAAUCUAGGGGACAUAUUCCUGCUGGACUUGGGAAAAACAAUUAUACAAUGGAAUGGUCCUCAAAGCAACAGACAAGAAAAAUUAAAGGCCAUUCUGCUGGCUCAGGACAUCAGGGACCGAGAGCGUGGAGGCCGGGCCCAGAUUGGUGUGAUUGAGGGUGGGCAGGAAGAAGCCUCUCCUGAGCUGAUUAAGAUCAUGACAUCUGUUUUAGGUCAGAGGACUGGACACCUGAAAGAGCCAAUCCCUGAUGAUAAACCAGACCAAAACCAGACCUCCAAUGUCAAACUGUACCAUGUAUCUGAUGCCAGUGGUCAGCUGUUGGUACAGGAAGUGGCUACCAGUCCACUGACCCAGGAUUUGCUGUUUUCCACUGAUUGCUAUAUUUUAGAUCAAGGUGGCAGCUCAGUAAUGGUCUGGAAGGGAAAAGCAGCAUCAGAUGAAGAGAGACGCUCAGCACUGAGUCGGGCGGUUAGCUUUAUAAAAGCGAAGAACUAUCCAUCCAACACAAAAGUUGAGGUUAUGAGUGAAGGAGGAGAAUCUGCCAUGUUUAAACAUCUCUUUAAGUCCUGGAAAGAAAAAGGUCAAACUCAGGGACUGGGAAUGACGCAUUCAGUAGGAAAGAUAGCUAAAGUGGAUCAGGUGAAGUUUGACGUCAUGGAGCUUCACGCUCAACCAAAGCUGGCUGCUCAGGAGCGGAUGGUGGACGAUGCCUCUGGACAUGUUCAGGUUUGGCGUAUUGAGAAUCUUGAACCGAAGGAGGUAAACCCAAGCACAUAUGGACAGUUCUAUGGAGGAGACUGUUAUCUAGUGUUGUACACCUACAACAGAGCCAACAAACCACAGUACAUCCUCUACAUGUGGCAGGGUCGCCAUGCUACACAGGAUGAGGUGACGGCAUGUGCUUAUCAAGCGGUGAAUUUGGAUAACAAAUACAAUGGAGCCCCAACGCAGGUCAGAGUGGUCAUGGGAAAAGAGCCCAGACACUUCCUGGCCAUCUUUAAGGCCAGACUCAUCAUUUUUGAGGGUGGGACCGGCAGACCGGGUGUUGUGAACCCUGAUCCUGAUCCUGGUGCCAGACUCUUCCAGGUCAGAGGGACACAUGAGAUGAACACCAAAGCAACAGAGGUGCCCGCCCGAGCCGCCUCUCUCAACACCAAUGACGUCUUUCUGCUCAAAACUCAUCAGAUUGUCUUCCUGUGGUAUGGCAAGGGCUGCAGUGGAGACGAGAGGGAGAUGGGAAAAGCCGUAGCUGAUUUGCUUUCUGAGCAGGACAAGCAGAUUGUGAUGGAAGGACAGGAACCAGCUGCCUUCUGGGUGGCUUUGGGAGGGAAAGCUCCAUACGCCAGUGACAAGAGGCUGGAGAAAGAAGUGGCACUCCACGAGCCUCGUCUGUUUGAAUGCUCCAAUCAGACGGGCCGAUUCCUUAUGACAGAAGUGGCUGACUUCACUCAGGAUGACCUGGACGAGGAUGAUGUCAUGCUUCUAGACACCUGGGAGGAGAUUUUCCUUUGGAUUGGCAACUCAGCCAACCAGUACGAGACACAGGAGUCAUAUAACAGUGCAGCGGACUAUCUUAAAACCCACCCAGCGGGACGGGACCCUGGGACACCCAUCACCAGUGUUAAACAAGGCUAUGAGCCACCCACCUUCACUGGCUGGUUUAAUGCUUGGGAUGCUCAUAAGUGGAGUGGAGGCCUUUCAUAUGAGGAGAUGAAAAGCAAGCUGGGUGAUAUUUCGCAAAUCACUGUGAAUCUCAACAACACAAGUCUGAAUAAGAAGACAGAAGGAGGUGGCGGGAGCUACAGCGCUCCUGGAGGGCCAGGAAAUAUAAAAUCUCAUAAUCAGAGGAUGUCCUCCUCCAUCUCCAAUGCACAUGUGGACCAGUCUCCCAGCAGAGCAAAGCCUUCUGGGAUGCUUCAUUCUGAGCAGCUUGGUAAAACUCCUCAACAUCAGCAGCCUCAAGGAGUGAACCCUGAAAAACAAGAGGAAUAUUUGACUGUUGCAGAAUUUGAGAAUCUCCUCGGAUGCACCCGAGACAGUUUUCAGCGGCUGCCUAAAUGGCGUCAGAAUGACCUUAAAAAAAAGGCAGGACUGUUUUAAGUUGGUUUUGAUGUAAUGAGAUACAAUCUGAUCUUCAUAUUUAUAUGUAUUUUGGCCUAGAAGAUGGUCACCUAUAAAAUGUUUUGACUCAAAAGCUAACAUGACCUAAUAGAAAUGCUUUGUAAAUAUCUUACACAGAACAUCAGAAUUAUCCCAAUAAAAUAACUUUAUCAGUUGCAUGCAGUAAAACAUAUCUAAAUGACUUUCAGGGCUAAUAAAAACACAUUGUAUGCCAAGAAA